AUGAAUAAUGACGCCGUCCCCGUCCUCUUGCCUGGUCCAGAGCAGGGCACGCUCCGCGCUCGCGAUACGAAGAUCGACCACAUUGAUUCCCUCCUACGCACACUCGAUAGCCUGAUCUUCCUCCAGCUGGGCAUCUUGUAUCUCUGCGACAACCUUACCUUCUUCUUGUUCCUACGCGCCUUUUCCCAAGUCCUACACGUACGACAGUCGGAGGCGCUCCAAUUCCCACCCGUCAUCUUCGCCAACCUAUUAUGCUUCGGGACCCAUCUCCUACAACAGAGGCCUGAGACCAAGUAUUUACAUGGCGGGCUGAUUGUUGAUUUUGUCGGGGAUCUGGCCCCUUCGAGAUGGAGGGUGCUGCUACUAGACCUGAUUGUCUUUGGGUUGCAACUGCUCAUGCUGGUGGUCGGGCAUGAAAAGACAGUUGUUUCAGGGAAUACACAAGUGCAAGAAGAAUCACAACCACAAGAUAUAGAAAGCGAGGAGGCUGGUCGACUUCGGUCACAACCCCAAGACCCACCAUCCGAAACGGCGGACGGCAUUGAACUACAAAGUCUGUUACCCGACCGAGCCAGCGAAGAUCGGCCAGCGCAUGCAGCGUUGAAGCUGGACACUCAAGGGGACGAUCUGAUUGUGCUGGAUAUGAAAAAGGGACUGAAAGCCCUGCUGAGGAGACCUCCCCAGCCUACUUCGCCUGCAAUGGACAGUCCAGCAGCUCGCGCAGGAUUCGCGAAUAUGUUGGCGAGGAUCGCUGCGGCAAGGGUACGGGCAGGGACGGCUUGA